GCUCUAGCUUGGUGAGUCUCGUUAGCAAUUUUCGGUGAGAUGAAACAAUAAUGGACUGUGAGGGCUAAAUGCCAAGAUAUACGAGCUGUGUCCGAACAAACCCAGCAUGUCCUUUCGGGUAUUUUUUCAUUUUCACCCACAAGUGGAAGGCCGCAUGAAGCAUGUGCUGGGCUGCGUGUACCAGCAGCCCUCAUCGACGAGUAGGUGGAUGUGACAUCUCCAACAUGUGUGAUAGGAAUCGAGGCUUGAUCCGGGAGCCGUUGAUGCGCCGGCCAAUCACAAGUUCAAGGCCGGCCCUGGCCGGGCCCGUGGACGAUCCACCGGCAGUGCUGGGCAACCCAUCACUCAAAUUUUGGAUCUUCACAAAUCGCUUAACACGCAGGCUAGAAGGUCCAGGGAGCUAGACUGCGCGCAUGAGCCUACUUGAGUAGUAUGUCGUAGUGAGAGGCCAAUUUCAAAGAAGACCCCCCACCCUCUCCUCCGCUAGAAAGGCUCCGAGUAAUAUGGCAGCCCUCUCUGAUAUCAUUUUCCCGUCUCAGGAAUCAAGCAUCAACACCAACAACAUCAACAAGAUCCUCGGGGACCUUAAGCGCUCGAAUCUGUCUAUUACAAACCGCCUGAGGUCCAUACAGGAAGACGCAGAUUUUGUCGAGGAGGUCGCGGCUGCCCUCGGUGGUGGUGGUGGUGCUGCAUGCACGGGUGGUAGCAAUGGCGAUGAAGCCAGUGGGAAGGAGCAGAGGCGCCCAAUUGUCGCAAAUGAGCGGUGCGGAAGCUGGUACAUCCGGCCCGGGCUGAAGGGGGCGUCCGCGUACUUCAAGAGCACCGAUGGGCACACGGGGCAGUGGAAGUUCUCCACCCGGAGGUUGAACCUGCACUUACUGCCCAUUAUUGAGAAGUGUGAUGGGAUUAUCAUCAUCGAUUCCACAAGGAGAGGCAAGAGGAUGCCGGACUCCCUCAGCAAGACAGUCCCGGUGUGGUGCUGCGUCCUCAACAGGACCCUGUUCCCGGAGCUGGCCGACUCGGGCGGCCUCUAUGUGCCCCCGAACGUGGUCUCGGAGUCGGAGAAGUCGCAGAUGCUGUCCCGGAUCCCAGGCUUUGUCGACUCGCUCAGGCAACUCAACCUAGACCUGGCGGGCCUCCGGGCGCACAUCUCCAAGCCCAUCCGGCCGACCUGGGUCACACAGGAGACAGACCUGAGCCACUAUCAUGACGGAAACGAAGACAGCCACGGGCGUAUAUUCGAGUCCUUCCGGCCCGUCAUCUGCUGCACCUCGUCGAGGAGGGUCACGGACGGCGAGAUGUCGGGCCACAGCGGCUACGUGCAGGGCGCCGGGGACGACACCGAGAACUGGGCCCACGGCCUCACCCCGCCCGUCUUCUGGGACAAUGCGGAGCAGCUCCUCUCCACGCCCGAGGCCGACCUCCCCGAGCUGAUCGGGUCACUCGUCGCCCCGGCAAGCGGCAGCAUGAGCGGCGACCAGCAAUCCAAUAGUAUAUGUAUAGACCCGAAAGCCCACAACCUCCCACCAGCAGUAACACAACUCACCCCCUUCCUACACGUCAGCCCACUCCCGGUACCACAGCCUCUCCCAGGGAGGAAAGAACCCCAAGGGGCGCCCCAGGCCUGGUGCACAAUAACCAUCCGCUCGACAUCAACCCCGCCCGGAGAAUGGGCCCAGUCCCCGACACACAUGGAAGUCGGCCUGGGCGCAAGACACAAGGCCGCAAGCCGCGCCCUGCGGACGGCCCUCCCGCGGAUCUGCGAGUUCGCGUGCCGCUUCCUCCUGGCCGUCGUCCCGGGCCUCCCACAGCAGCCGCAGCAGCACCCCUCAUUCCUCAUCGCCGACGAGUCUGGGGGCCGUGAUCUGGCCGCGGGCACGGCGCUGGCGCUGCUGUGCUGGUGCUUCGACGACGAUGACGGGAGGCGCCUGCGGGGCGCGGAGCCGCUGUCGAGCGUCGAGCGGCCCGUCUUUAACAAGGAUAUGAUCCGGGCCCGGCUGGGCCGCAUCAUGACCGCCAUGCCGGACGCGAAUCCCAACAGGGCGACGUUGCAGAGCGUGAAUAGUUUCCUGAUGGACUGGAGGUAGCCUGUGAGUAGGGCGGAAAUACAAUGCCCAGGUGCCAUCUGAUACUAGUACUAUACCAAUUUACUCAAUAGAAGAGUGAUCCACAUCAGAUGCUGGAUGGCUCUAUGCCGGAUGGCGCCAGCCAAAGGUAUCUGAACAUAUCAAGGCCGUGGAAAUCCUCAAGGACUGGGUGGGCCAAGACUACCUAGGUACCUAGGUCCCUAGGUAACAUCAAAAUCAAGCAAAGCAAACAACUCUUACAGAAGAAG